AUGAAGGCGCUCCGGACCGCCGUGUCUGGCUCCCGCGUGCGCUUCACCCAAGACGGGUUCGACCUGGACUUGACGUACAUCACGCCCCGACUCAUCGCCAUGGGGUACCCGGCCUCGGGGGUCGAGAAGACGUACCGGAACGACAUCAACCAGGUCGCCAGUCUGCUCAACGCGCGGCACCCGACCGCCUACCGCGUGUACAACCUGAGCGAACGGCAGUACGACUACGCAAAGUUCGACCACCGCGUGAGCGAGUGCGGGUUCCCAGACCACCACCCGCCCCCGCUGCAGCUGUUGCUGGAUAUCAUGAACGACAUGAUUGAGUGGGUGGCCAAGAGCGACAAGCACGUGGUGGUGGUGCACUGCCUAGCAGGCAAAGGCCGCACGGGCGUCGUGUGCUCGUGCUAUUUGCUGCUGACAGGUCACUACGGCAGUGUGUUUAAGCUGCGCAAAGAGCGCGAACUGCGCGAGUUGGCGAACUCGAGCAUCCGCGACUUCUGGCAAGCGCGAGGCCAAGGCGUGCGGUUUCCGAGUCAAGCUCUGUACAUUUAUUACUUUAUCAAGGUGCUGAGGCGACAGGGACGUCGACCGGCACAGAUCCCUCCUUUGCGACCCGCAAAGAAGAUGCUGCUCCAGAGCAUUGUGCUCAAUGGCGUGCCGGACUUUGAAGCACAGCCACGGGGUGGGUGCACGCCCUUUUUGCAGGUGCUACCAGCGCCAUCGCAGCACUAUCAACCGCAUUUGCUGUACAACAGCUCGUGGCAACACCCAAAGUUUGAAACGUACUUGGCCGACCCGCUGGGGUCGAUUAUGUUUGAGGUGAACAUCGAGGUGCAGGGUGAUGUACUGGUGCGAUGUUUCCACGCCAAUAUCACGAACAUUUUGGGCAAGCACAUGGUCAAGAUGUUCCAUUUCACGUUUCACACCGAUUUCUUCCAUAAUUACAGCAACCAGUAUCGACUACCAAAGGCCGAAGUGGAUGAGGCUACUAGCAACCAGCGAUACCCGGACAACUUUGAGGUGGUUUGCAACGUGGAAGUGCUGGACCCGAAUCGAAAUUCAAAUCUACCGCGAUCGUCGAUGGUGCGUUCAGGGAGUAGCAAUAAUCUUUGCGAAGAUAUACCGGAGCAAGCGAGAGCUGUUUAUCCCCAGCCAAUGACACAACAGCGCCGAAUGACGUUGCCGUGCCACCAGGAUAUGUGUAACGAGCGACGGUUGCCACCGCAGACUCCUCCGCAACAAGAUGAUUCAACGCCUAAUAUGCAAGGCUGGUUGUACAAACAAGGUGGUUUCGUCAAGAACUGGAAGAAACGAUGGUUUGUUGCACAGGAGGGGAAAUUGAUGUACUAUCACGGCAAUUCGGAUGCGACGCCACUAGGAGUCGUGAGUUUGCGGCGCGUAACUGUGCAGACUUGUGCACCUCACGAAGUCAACGCGCGGAACAAGUGUUUGCACUUCUUCAAGAUAGUACCUCCAAGUGCCGGUCAGCGCACGUACUUUUUUGGCGCUGAAUCCGAGCAGGAAUUAGUGACUUGGGUCAACGUAGUCGGAGCUCAAUCCGCUUACGGCAUUAUCUAUAGCGCGAAGCCAAGGCGGACUUCAAUGCAGCGCAGCAUUACGUUUGUCACACGUGCAUCGUACGAGCGUGAAUACCCGACGCCGAAUGAUGAAGCAGAUUUAAGGUGUCGCCCUAGCACUAACGGCAGCGGGAAUGACCAUGUGGGCGACACGAGACCAUCACUACUGUCCACGAUUGCGUCUGCACCCAGAGCUGCCUUUGACACACUUAAGGGUGUCCGCCGAUUAGGGCCUCAUCACGCCACGGAGCUUCCGCUUCACCCUCCACCUGACGAAGACACUUUUUGGCGUGAGCCGUCGAGAGCUAGACCAUCAGGUUACGCUAAGGCCAAGGAACGUGGAAGCACGAUGGGUAGAUUUUUUGGGGAUUUGCGAUCAUUGUCGUUCUCGGACUAUGGCGAGCACGAACAAGAUGAGUCGCCAUCGCCCUCAGCUGUUACUAAAUGCGUGCCUGUUGCACCCGUUGCGGAUCUCACGAGUACACUAUCGUCACGAGAGCAGGCUUCGCUUCUACAAGAAGUCAAUAAGUUUGAUACGGGGAUUUACGUUUAUUCGGCGGAUGAGCUGCAGGAAGCCACAAGACUGCAGCAUUAUAUGCACACUACCCGCGGUGCGCCCUCUUUCAGUGAUGGCGAUCUUGACGGCGAUCCGAAUUCGGUGGUCUCGGUCGCUUACGCGCUCAAAGCUUCGCCACCGGGCACACUUAGUCGCCAGCUGCAUCAAUAUGUGAUGCUGAAGCGCAUGGGUGACGCCGAGCAGUUACUCACCGAGCUCGUGCUUACCAAAUUUCCUGGUCUCAUUGAUGCCAUGGACCACGAUCCCCUGGCGUUCACUCGGCUGAUCGCCAGCGGAGACGUAUCUCUUGCUGGCUGCGGAAUACAAGAGGAGGAGGGUGCAAGUCACUCAGUUGGACACGACUUGAACGGCAACCAUCGCGCUGUUUUUCUCUAG